AUGGACAACGAUUUUAUCAGUCAAGCGAUUGAAUGCUGUAAGGGAAUCUACUUGCUCUAUACGCUCCUUCCUCGCUGUAUCAUUGUUGGUACUGAAGAGAUCGACCAGAUUGUGGUGAACACCUCCAUGAACCAGAACAUUUCAUUUGCAAGAGGGAUUCGCUGUGAUUUCUGGGCUAUCAAGUGUUUAUUAGUAUCUAAAGAUGCCAUGCUCAAUCACGACGAUGCUCGUCAUCCCUUGAUCGAAAUUCUCAAUGGUAUUGCCAAAUACAACUGGGUUUCCUUGUCUAAAGAAGAUUUGAUAAAGUCUUCAUACGAAUAA